AUGGGAUUGUUUUUGCACGCUGUCGGCUCUGUCACCCCCACGGAGUCAGCGGCAGACAGGAGCCUGCUGCAGUGCGAAGGGGUGAACAAUCAGAGCUACACUUGUGAGUCAGGCCACUGCUGUGGAGAGUCCCAGUGCUGUAGCUACUAUUAUGAACUGUGGUGGUUCUGGCUGGUGUGGGCCAUUAUAUUCAUUUUGAGUUGUUGCUGCGUGUGUCACCAUCGGCGAACCAAGCACAGACUCCAGCAGCAGCAGCGGCAGCAUGAGAUCAACCUCAUCGCUUAUCGAGAAGCACACAACUACCCGUCUGUGCCCUUUUAUUUCAGAUUUUUGCCAAACUACCUCCUGCCUGACUAUGAAGAGGUGGUAAACCGGCCGCCAACUCCUCCGCCUCCCUAUAGUGCCUUACACACAGGGCCUACUACAAUGGUCACUAGUCCACUGGCCUCAGAGCAGCAGGAGGGACGCUCUGCCAGCAGCCUUCCAGCCCCUCUAGCUUCAGUGUCUGACAGUCUGUGCUGCCGACCCAGUGUAGAAGAGCCACAGACGCCUGCCUUAGACUUUAGACCCAAACCUGACAACAAGCAAGUCCAAACAGGGCCCGAGUCCGACGUGAUCCUGGCGUCAGACAGGAUCAGGAGUGAGAACCAGGAGAAACACAUAGACAGUGGGGAUAGUUCAUGCAAGGACACACUGGUGAAAGACUUCUCUGAGAAUAGUGCGGAGGACAAAGACCGUCUGCCUAACGGGCGGAGGAGGCGCUUCACGGGCGACUCUGGGAUUGAGGUGUGCGUGUGUGGCUCUCGGGGCAGCAGGGGCGGUGGUGGUGCAGGUGUGGUUGGCCAGGAGCAGGAUGGAAAAGAACUGAGGGAACUAGAGAGCCUGUUGGGCCCAGAUGAAGACGAGGAGGGGGCAGGAGAUUUCUGCGACAGCUGUGGGCAUCGCGCCUCCCUCACCGUCGAAGAGGAACCGGCUCUGGCAGCAGACCGGAGGCCGGGCCGGGGGCCACCGAGUCCGGCUCAGCCUAAUCACCUCAUAGGCAAUCCUCCUGUGUGCCUGCUCCUCCACACCAUCAGCGAGCAGGAGGGCAGCCACCACAGCACCAGCACUGAGCCGCAAGGCUGA